AGAAGAAUUACAGAAGAAGGGGAGAGAAAGGUCGGAAGCUCUCUCUCUUUUUCCUCCGUCUUUUCUUUUUUCUCUUCUUUCUUCUCCUCCUCUUAUUGCUUUUGGAAUCUGGACAGAGUUUUCAUUGAAUUUACAGGCAGGACCACCACUGACUCGGAAAGCGCUGAGAUUUCUAUAUACACACACACACAGAGAGAGAGAGAGAGAGAGAGAGAGAGAGAGAGAGAGAUGUCGACACCGGCAAGGAAGAGGCUGAUGAGGGAUUUCAAGAGGCUUCAACAAGAUCCACCGGCCGGGAUCAGCGGCGCUCCGCAGGACAAUAACAUCAUGCUCUGGAACGCAGUCAUCUUUGGUCCUGAUGAUACCCCUUGGGAUGGAGGUACGUUUAAGUUGACACUGCAGUUUACGGAGGAUUAUCCAAAUAAGCCUCCAACAGUUCGAUUUGUCUCACGGAUGUUCCACCCAAACAUCUAUGCAGAUGGAAGCAUUUGCCUGGAUAUCUUACAGAAUCAGUGGAGUCCUAUUUAUGAUGUGGCAGCUAUAUUAACGUCUAUUCAGUCCUUGCUGUGUGACCCAAAUCCAAACUCCCCUGCAAAUUCUGAGGCUGCCCGCAUGUUCAGUGAGAACAAGCGCGACUACAACCGCAGAGUACGGGAGGUGGUGGAGCAGAGCUGGACGGCAGACUGAGGCAAGAUCCAUGUCCUUCUCCUUGCACAGAGAAAAAUUGUUGGAAAAUGUAGUUGCGAGUGGGAAUAUAUUCUGUUUACCGACUUUAAAGGCUAUGCAUGCACGCCUUGUUGUGGAGGAUUUAAUUCUGGGUUCUGCCUCUGUUUAAACUGCUUAAAACUGAAUGUCAUUCAGUUUCUUUUCUUUUCUUUUCUUUUUCUCUUUGUUAUUUUUCAUGUAAUACUACUUUUAUAUGGAUGUGAAUAGGAUUGCAGCUGUUAUGUC